UCGAUAUUGUUCAUUGGGGUAUUAUUACCAUGUUUGAGACGUGCAAAAAAGAAUGUUUUUAUUUAUCUGCUCAAAGCUGAUGGUAGUGAACGGGGAAAGUAUUAUAUACAUUAGCAAAGAAAAAGAAGAUUGAUCCAGGGUUCUGGAAGAAGAAGGAUUUCUAAAAAAAAAAUGCGACGUUUUCCUGAAUGUAUGGCAGUGGUUUUCGUUUUCUUUGGAUUUAUUUUUCUUCACCACAUGUACGAAAGAGUUAUAGAAAAGGGAGUAUUCUCUAUCUUUGACAAUAUGCAGGUGGACAGCUUACAAUGUUUAUCGAAUAAAAACCGUAUCCAUUUUCAUGCACCAGAUUUUUAUAGAGUCUCUGAAAAAACAUCUUUACGACUGAUCGUUGCCUAUAUGAGAGGGGGAUCAACUCUUUUAGCUGACGUAGUUCGUCAGGCAGAAGGGGACUUCUAUAUGUUUGAACCAUUGCAUGGCAUUUCGCAAACUUUGGGAAACACAACGCAAUUCCUUAACGGAACGAAAAGGGUUAUUUUACGAGGUGAACGUGAAUCUCUCUAUCCAGAGCUGCUGUAUCAUUGGUUUACCUGUAAUUUUGAUCAAAUUGACUUGUCUGCCUUAACUGACCCAUUCAUUUCAAUACAUACACCAGAGCUUCAAGAGUAUUACAAAUGCACUGUUUUGAAUUUAAAUAAAUCCAAAAGUACCAUAGAUAGCGUUAAAAGGUGUGUUUAUUUAUUGCAUAACAGAUGUAUGACAGCACGGUCAAGGACAAUAAAAACCAUCAGGCUGUCGAUGUUUAUGGCAGGAAAACUUUUGAAAUGGCUUCCGAAUCUAAGGAUUAUUUACUUAGUCAGAGAUCCUCGAGGUAUCCUCAAUUCGCAGUUUGAACAACAUGUGACAGAGGAGAAAAGGAUGUUUACAACUGUCAAAAAAGUGUGUAAUUCUAUCAUUUCAGAUCUGUCACACACUAAGGAGUUACAAUUGUGUCAUAAAAGCAGGAUAAUGAGUAUUAUUUAUGAAAACCUAUGUCAAUACCCCUUCAAAGUUGUGCCAAAAAUAUACAGCUUUUUGAACAAAGAGUUUACAAACACGACGAAAAAAUACAUCAAAAGGAUUAUGAACGGACCAGUAAAGAAAUGCCACUACUGCACGGAUCGAGGAAAUGCUCUAGGAAAUGCUUACAGAUGGAUUCGUGCUAUGGAGGAAAAAACCUUGAUAAUUAUUGACCUAUAUUGCUCAUUUCUCUUUCCUUUAUUGGGAUAUAAACAUUUAAAUUACGACGAAUUGAACACAACUUUUGUGUCUUGGAUGCCUUUUGAAUAAAUGAACUUACAUUCCAAUUAU